GAAGAGGCAGGAGGAAGGAAGGAGGAGGGGAAGGAGGAGGGCAGGAGGAAGAGAGACAACUCUGUCAAAAAAGGAAGGCGGCGGACAGGAGGAGAAGGAGAGGAGGGCGAGAGGGUGGAAAUGGAGAAGAGAAGAAGAGCAGAGGGUGUUGCUGCCAUGAUGUCGGACACACCUUUGCAGAGGAACGGCACGGCAACAAUACGGAUGUCGUGUGAGGAGGCUCAGCUCCACAAAGAGAGGCUGCAGGCCUUGGCGGAGAAGCGAAAACGUCAAACUGAAAUCGAAGACAAGAGAAGCCAGCUGGAUGAGUUGGUUUUACAGCUGCAGCAUGUCAAGUCCAAAGCCAUGCGGGAGCGAUGGCUCCUCCAGGGAAUGGGAGCGGAAGAAGAGGAGGCACGGAGGAAACAGUUGGAGCUGGAUGAAGAGCAGGGAAAGAAGCUGGAAGACAUGAUUCAGAGGCUGGAAUCAGAAAUUGGCGCACUUGAGAGUGAAGAGUCUCAGAUCUCAGCUAAAGAACAAGUUCUACGAGAACGCUUGAAGGAGACUGAGCGCUCGAUAGAAGACCUCCAGAAGAGUCUGAUGUCCCGUGAUGGAGAGGCCACCGGCUGCACGUCCGCUCCUCUCUCGGACUGCGCGGACCUCGAUCCCGAUCACCUCAUCCCGGCCACGCUGCCCCGGACCAGCCCACCUGCGCCUGGAGAGAAGGCCGCUCCGAGACCCGCAAUGUUUGCCAUGGAGAUCAACGUGCAGCAUGACCCUCAGACCGGCGAGCAGCGCGUCCUGUCGGCGAACCGCGUCAGCCCCUCAGAAGCGGGGGCGCGCGGCGUCAAAGUCUACGACGACGGCAGAAAAGUCGUCUACGAAGUCACCUCCUCCGGGGGCGUGUCCACCACUUCCUUGGAGAACGGCUGGAGCUCCUCGCAGGUCGACCAGCUCAUCCAGAGAGCAGCCAGGCCGGUUCGAGGGGGGGAUGACAGGAAGGGUCAGGUGCUGGUGACCCCCGCUGCCCCGCAGGCCUACGUGUCGCCGGCAGAUGUGAACGAUCUGUCCCCGCCAUCCUGCGCUCCGCCCUCCAUCCCGUCAAGCCCGCCUGCCCAGGUCACCCUCCAGAGGGAGACUCGGCUAGGCAUGAUGCCCCCAUCCUCCGCUCCCAUCAUGACGCAGCCCGGCCCCUCGGCUCACCCGGAACCAGAGCUCGGCUCCUUCCCCCAAGCCAGCGCCGAGCACCCGGUCACCAUGGUGUUCCUCGGCUACCAGGACCUGGAAGACACGAGCGACAGCAGGCGGCUGCUGGGGUUCGACGGCACCGUGAAGGCCGAGGUGGUCCUCAUCGAUGAAGACGACGAGAAGUCCCUGAGGGAGAAGACGGUCACCGACCUGUCUGUCAUCGACGGCACGGCGGCCGACCUGGUGUCGGGUCGGCCGGUCACGUCCGAGGCCGCCAGCACGGAACUCUCAUCCGACGGCCGCGACCCUGACAGCGCCGCCUCGCCCCCUCCGAACCCCGACGCCAACAAAGCCCCGCCUCCUGGCCUCACCCCUGCUACAGGCCAUGGGGUUGCCAUGACAACGACAAAUGGACAUCAGGCCGCAAUGCCGAGCAGACGUCCUCACACUGCUAUGAAAUCGUGGCAGGCACCCGAGGAUGUCAGUGGCACAAUACCAAAGGAGAGAGCCUUGAAGAGUGUCAGUUUCCAGGAAUCGGUCAGCAUCAUAACUGACGGACCGCUCAUCAUGGAAGUGGAGAGCCAGAAGAUCCAGCAUGGCUGCCUGAGCAGAUCCAGUGACCAAGGCCACAGUGACAGCGAGGUGGAACAGGAGAUUCGUUACCUGGACCAGGUGCUCGAUGCGGCCUCGGAAACACCUACAAAUGGAAACUCUUCCCCUUCUGCGUACACAACACCAGUUACCAUAGAUGGAAAAUAUUCUUUUGUGAAUGUGUCCAAUUCGUCCCCUGGAUAUCACCAGUCAAUCACUGUGGAGGGGCAAAGACAAACCACCUUCGUACACCAGGACGAAUCUGGUGUAAAAACCAACGGGCAUGUGCCGAGGGAGGAAUCUAGCCUCAGGAGCGCAAAGUUUGAGCUGAGAGCUUUUCAGGAAGACAAGCGGCCAGCAAAACUCUUUACGCCAGGAGAAGAGCAGCAUGUCAGAGUGACGAGGAGACGGAAUUCAGAGGAGGUCCACGAGUUGGAGCGUGAGCGUCAGGAGCUGAUCAGAGAUCAGGCUGUGAAGAAAAACCCGGGCAUUGCUCAACGUUGGUGGAACCCUCCUCAAGAGGUUCCUUUGGAGCAACAGCUGGACGCAGAACAGCUGGAGUCUCUCAAAAAAUACCAGGAGAGAAAACAACAGAGGCAGAAUCAACCAUAUGCAUACACGCAGCCCCAGGUGACUGGACCGCCCACAUUGGUGACUUUUGACCCAGAGCUAAUCAGGAAGGAAGACAUUGUGGAAAAAAAGAUUGACUUCUCAUCUGCCAGGAAGCAAUUCCUGCAAGGGGACGUGACCAAGAAUUCCAUAGCUCCUCACAUAUACUCCGCCAGGCCCUUCUCAAAGUCUGUACCCAGGGCCAACAAUGGGAGCAACAACAUUGUUACAGAAACCGGAGAGUGUCAUGUGACCUGGUAUGAUGAAGGAGUUCCUGGAGAGUUUACCAGUGUUCGAGCUGUAAUGACAAACUUAAGUGAUGAAGAGGAAGGGAAGAGCCACUUCCACUCAGGCUUUCACCCAGAGGAGUCCGACUCUGGAUUGGAAGAGUUAUCGGUCCGCUCUCAGGACACAACAGUGUUUAGCUUGGAUAGUGUUUCAGACAGCGGAGCCUCACUUCCCCCUACUCCGUUGCCGCUUACGCCGGUGUCACCACCUACCCCCCAGCCCACUACUCCAGUCAAUGGGCGAGCCACUGGCAGCGGAGCUGAGGAUGAGCUGGAAUAUCAGGCAGGAGUACUUGUCCAGAAUGUCAUCCAAAAUGCCCUUUCGACCAACGGAGGUGACUGGCAGUUUCCGCUCUCAAAUUUAGAUUCUUCACAAAUGAGCAGCCCUGUGUCUUCAUCCUCAGCUUCAACAAGUAGCCCAGUGCCAGUAUCCUCCUCCCCUCUGUCUUUUGGUGAGUCCGAUCGUCUCCAGUCACCUGUGUCCUCCAGCUCUUCCAGCGCCGCUACAUCUAACCCAUCCCCACAGACAGACCGGCCACUAGAGGCUCAGGUUUCUUGCCAAGAGAAGCCGAUAGAAAUACAGGACGUUCUGCAGCAGCAACAUUCACCUAAUCCAACACAGCCUUCACAACCAUCUCCAACUCUUUCUCAACCCAUCUCUCCACCACGUAGACCCAAAGAGGGAGGACCAAGGAUCAAAAUCCAGUCUUCUUAUACCAGAGCACUUGCUUCCUCAGCCCCGGUUUCUGCUCCAGCACCGUGCUCUGUCACAACUGCUUCUGUCCCCAGGCCGACCCCGGUCUGCCGUCCCCCUUCUCCUCCAAGCCCAGAAAAAUCAGAGUUCAGCUACUUCAGUAAAUAUUCUGAAGCUGCUGAACUUCGUAGCACGGCAGCAGCAACGAAAGGCCCUGAGGUGGAGGUUGCAAGUGGGCCCUUCCGCCUGCGCUCCAAGAAGCAACGCACCUUGUCCAUGAUCGAAGAGGAGAUCCGAGCAGCUCAGCAAAGAGAGGAAGAACUAAAGAAACAGAGAGAGGCUCAACCUGCUGUUGUCCCUCGUGCCGGGAACGCUACCAGCAGCAGUCAAGUUCCUGCGAGAACGGGGAUGCGGAAAACCACCAUAAACCCGGCAGACAAGUUGAAGAGCAACAGCCUGCCAAGUCGACUCACGCUGACAGCAAGAACAGCACCAGGAAAGAUCGAGAAGGUUCGACCUGCUCCGCCUGUCUCGCCAUCGCCUUCAGAAGGAGCCCUGUCUGACGCCGGCAGUGAGGACUCUGGAGGAUCACGGCCCAAAAACUUCAUGCAGACACUCAUGGAAGACUAUGAGACACAUAAGGUGAAGAGGAGGGAGAAAAUGGAGGACAACAGUUAUGCCCGUUUGUUGCUGGCUAAUGAGGUAACCACUGAGGUGUUGGAGGCCACCCGGGUCACCAGGAGGAAAAGUGACAUGGCCCUGAAAUGGGAAGCCGGUAUCUAUGCCAAUGAGGACGGAGAAGAGGAAGAAGAGGAGGAGGAGGAGGAGGAAGAGGAGUAAAAAUAGAAUGGCGAUGAUGACAGGCAGAGAGGAAGUAGUAUUUAUCAUACUAUCAGUGUUCUACAGAUCACAUGACCCCUCUGGUCCGACCAGUGGCGCUCAACAAGGAAGUGUAAUGUGUGAUAUUUGAACUUGGAUUCUGAAGGUGUAAACGGCAUGUAGUGAGUAUGCGAGGCAAACGGUAGGUGAUGCAAGGCGCAGCUGAAGGAAUUGCAAAGUAUUCUUAGGAUGUUUUAGAAGCUUGGAUUGUAUAGGUUUUCAUUUGAGGAGUCGCCGCCAAUCAUCCUCGGAGUGAGUCUGGCUUGUUACUGAGGCCUCAUGCGCUCAUCAUUGCACAAACUACAGGCAGGUUGGUGUCUUUUCCCAGGAUUCCUCCUGUUUUCGUCUCUUUGCCUUAGACUCUUGGAUGCAUGACGUGUAUGAUGAUGUAUUUAAUCUCCUAGCCUGCAUCUGUAAACGCAGAGACAAGUAGAAAGGUUUGUCAGUGAUCACAAUUACUUGGUGUGUCAUGUGUUUGUGCAGGGGGCGAUAUACAGUAUAUAUAUAUAUAUAUAUAUAUAUAUAUAUAUAUAUAUAUAUAUAUAUAUAUAUAUAUAUAUAUAUAUAUAUAUAUAUAUAUUCUAAAAUGAUCUGUCUUUUGUAAGUAGUUGUAUUCUACUGAGGUAGGACUGUAUUUGACAUAUGCACAUGUAUUCCAGUGUAUCUAAUAUUUUGUGACUAUCGUGUGAUGACAACAAAGGACUUUUGAAAAAGUUGGGAGAGAACCAGUUUGCCUAUUUAAGACAAAACGGCCGCAUUUUCCGGACCUUAAGUCGCAUCCGACAAAAAAUGCGUCAUGAAGGGGAAGAAAUCAAGACCAAGAAGAGACGUUUAAUUCAAAAAAUCACAACAGCAGACAGGACAACAGGCUGAAUAGGUGCCCGGUAUGUUGACAUAACCCAUUAAGAGUUAUUCAAGAUCAUAUCUGGGAGGCUAAAUUAACAUAAGCCAGCAAGUCACCGGUAAGCAGGUUCACCAAGCUCCCGAUUUCAUUGUACAUCACUGAACACAGAUAGCCUACAGCACCCUCUUGUGGCUGCCAACGGUAAUGUUCACAGCUUGGUUCAUGGCCGUCAGUAUGAAUGAACAUUUUAAAGCAUGUUAAUUUACAUAUAUAUAUAUUUGAUAUUUAAGUUGCAGGACCAGUCAAACUAUGAAAAAAAGUGCGACAUAUAGUCCGGCAAAUAUGGUAUUCAGUUUUAUUCCUUUUUUUUCACUGGAUGUGGGAGUGUAUAACCAGAUUGACAUCCAAAGUAGGAAACAAAGAGCACAAGGAAUGAGUCUGAAUUAAGCGUGUUUAUACUUUAGUGUGGCUCCAGAUUCUAAACCACUUUAACUGAAAAGUAGCAGGAUUAUUCUACUCUUCGGUCUUUCUUUUUUUUUUUUUCUUUUUUUUUUCCCAGCAUGCGAAUGUCAGGAGGAUGGUGAAACUGAAACCAAAGGUCACCAUUUCCGUCUUGCCAGUGUGUCUUGUCCAAGUGUCCUUCAGCUUGACACUGACCUGUCUGCUCCAAGGUCUCGCUCGACUAAACCCUCAAUGACAUGCAAUGCAAACACAGCCUGAGGUAAAACACACAAGCCCUGAUUGUAUUUGUUAAAAUUCACUCAGCAUUUUUUUUUAAAUCUUGUUUUGUCUGAAAUAAGUCCUCAUUCACAGAAUCCCCAUGAUUGUUUAUCUACACAUUUAAUAAUAUAUAAAAUGGCUAGUAUUUAAAUCACAAGUGUCGCUUCUGUUGUGAAAUGUUCAUGCCAUUUGACGCAGGUACAGUGAUGACACAAAGCCAGUGUGAAAGGACACGGCAAAUACUGGGACAUUUGUUUUUAUGACUGAGCUGAUGUGGGAUAUUGUAGUUUUCUAUCUUAAAGAACUCCACAGGAUGACUCAUUGCCACUGAAUGGUAGUUUCAGUGAAUUAUUUCCGACGCCCGCUGAGCAACUAAAUCUUCUGCCCCUGUUUGUUGCCUCUGAAGCGUCCCGUUGUCAAACGACACAAACUGUCCACGAUUCUGCUCUUGAGUUUUCAUUGACGAUAUGAUGUUGCUUGAAUUCCUGAUGCAGAGAUGAUUUAUUUAUCAUUUGAAACGCAGGUAGCUUGGUUCCCCUGCCGACCUGCGCUUCAGUGUGUGAUGAUGAUGAUGAUGAUGCAAUCUUAUGAUACCAAUGAUAUAUAACCUCUGUCCUUAUGUUAACCACUUGUAUGUUCAUAUUGUGCUCCAAUAUAGCACUUGUACGGCUCAGUUAUUCGCUUGUUAUACAUAUUAUAAAUAUUUUCUCAUUAAAUACAAAAACCUGAAAAAAUGAGUGGUUUAUUUGUGU